ACAUUUGAAAAACAAUAGAAAGCUUCGGUUGUUCCAGCGACGGUUGCCCAACGAGGCAGGCCAGCUUUCGUAUUCUUCUGACAGAUUGAUUCUGUUUCCUUGCUACCACAAUCCCUACCCUCUUUGCCAUUCGGAUUUCUUCGUUUUAUAAAAAAAAUACUUUGUUUUUUUCAAUUUGUUGUUGACACCUACCCUUAUAGCCUCUAUAUAUAUCUUCCAACUCUGAGUUUCCUUCUUGUUACACUCUCUUCUUUAAAAGCGUUUCUCUUGAGCUCUCUACGGAGCUUUUGAGGAAAUUUUAUCAAAUAGGUCCAAAUUUUAAUUAUUUUUUUCUUCCAAACUAUUUUACUUUUAAAUAAAAUUAAUUAUGUUUAAAAAAUUAUUUGUAAAAUAAUUAUCAAACAAUGUUUAAAACCAGUGCGGUAAAUAGUUGUCGAAUAGACUACUUUACAAGUAACAAUGUUUAAAUCUUUUUAUGAAUUGUGUUAUUUUAAAAAUGUCUAUUUACUCUGAUUAAUUACUUGUUUAUCUUACGGUGCUAUAUAUCAUCUUUCUUUUCGGGUAACAAUGAAUACAUGAACUUCUGAAAUGUUAUUAUAUAUAUAGGGAAAUUAUUCAGGUAAGUCACCAAUUGGUGGACUCUCAUUGUUCUUGACCUUUGAACAGUUUUCAGCGCGAUUUUUUUUAUGAUAGUGUAUAUUGUAGCUAUUUAGAACAUCUGCACAUUUUUAGAAAAUUCCGAAUAGCUUACCGAAAACUAAGUUCAAACAUGUUAACUAAUUUUUUUUAUGUUCGUAAAAACUAUUCGGAAUUUUCUGAAAAUUUGCAGGAUGCUCUAAAUAGCUCCAAUAUACAGUCAUAAAGAAAAAUCGCGCCGAAAACCAUUCACAGGUCAAGAAACACCGAGAGCCCCCCACCGAUAAGGCUUGACCUGUAGAAAAAUUGUUAUAUAUAUAUAUAUACAUAUAUAUAAUAGUAAGUUAGAGCAAAAAGCUCAUAACGAAAUGAGCAAGUAGUUUGAUUUUAAGUGUGUGUACGUUAUCGCAGUUUUCUACCAAGUAGUUACGGUUGGAGUUAAAAGAAGAAUCCAAGAUGGUUGUUGGCCCAGGUGGACUCGAUGCUAUUGCUAAGGAAGCUGUUGAUUUGGAGAACAUCCCUAUUGAAGAGGUUUUCGAGCAUCUUAAAUGUACAAAAGAUGGUCUGAGCUCUGAUGAAGUUCAAAAGCGAUUGGACAUGUUUGGUUAUAAUAAGCUUGAAGAAAAGAAGGAAAGUAAAUUUUUGAAGUUUUUGGGCUUUAUGUGGAAUCCACUGUCAUGGGUCAUGGAAGCUGCAGCAAUUAUGGCCAUUGCUCUUACACCUAUAGGGAAAGACAAUGAUUUAGAUUACCAAGACUUUAUUGGUAUCACAGCCUUGCUCAUUAUCAAUUCAACCAUAAGUUUUAUUGAGGAAAACAAUGCUGGUAAUGCUGCUGCCGCUCUAAUGGCUCGGUUAGCACCAAAAGCAAAGGUACUGCGUGAUGGGAAAUGGAGUGAGGAGGAUGCAUCAGUGUUGGUUCCAGGAGACAUAGUUAGUAUUAAACUUGGUGACAUCAUUCCAGCUGAUGCACGUCUUCUUGAAGGAGAUCCUUUAAAGAUUGAUCAGUCUGCUCUUACAGGAGAAUCACUUCCAGUAACCAAAAAUCCAGGUGAUGGGGUUUACUCAGGUUCAACCUGCAAGCAAGGUGAAAUUGAAGCAGUUGUCAUUGCAACUGGAGUUCACACUUUCUUUGGAAAGGCAGCUCAUCUUGUGGAAAAUACGACACAUAUUGGCCAUUUUCAGAAGGUCCUAACAUCAAUUGGAAACUUCUGCAUCUGUUCGAUUGCUAUUGGGAUGGCUAUUGAAAUCGUAGUGAUAUAUGGUCUACAGCAUAGGGGAUAUCGUGAUGGUAUCAACAGCCUACUUGUGCUCCUAAUUGGUGGCAUUCCCAUUGCCAUGCCAACUGUUCUUUCUGUUACAAUGGCUAUUGGUUCCCAUCGUUUAUCUCAGCAGGGUGCCAUAACAAAGAGAAUGACUGCCAUUGAAGAAAUGGCUGGAAUGGAUGUGCUAUGCAGUGACAAAACAGGCACAUUGACACUUAACAAGCUUAGCGUCGACAAAAGCAUGAUUGAGAUAUUUGCCAAAGGUGUUGACAAGGAAAUGGUUGUACUUAUGGCUGCAAGAGCAUCAAGGUUAGAAAAUCAAGAUGCUAUUGACACUGCAAUUGUUGCAAUGUUGGCAGACCCUAAGGAGGCACGAGCUGGAAUUACAGAGGUUCACUUCCUUCCAUUCAAUCCAACUGAUAAAAGAACUGCACUUACAUAUAUUGAUGCUGCUGGGAAAAUGCACAGGGUCAGCAAAGGUGCACCAGAGCAGAUUCUCAAUCUGGCACAUAAUAGAUCAGAAAUUGAAAAGAGGGUACAUGCAGUAAUUGACAAAUUUGCAGAACGUGGAUUGCGAUCCCUUGGAAUUGCACGCCAGCAAGUACCCGAGGGAACCAAAGACAGUCCUGGUAGUCCUUGGGAAUUUGUUGGUCUUCUCCCACUCUUCGACCCUCCUCGCCAUGACAGUGGUGAAACAAUCAGAAGAGCUCUUGAUCUUGGUGUGAGUGUUAAAAUGAUCACAGGAGACCAACUAGCUAUUGCUAAAGAAACUGGGAGAAGGCUUGGCAUGGGCACAAACAUGUAUCCUUCUUCUUCUCUCUUAAGUGAAAACAAAGAUGGACUUGCUACCCUCCCAAUAGAUGAGCUCAUUGAGAAUGCUGAUGGUUUUGCUGGCGUAUUUCCUGAACACAAAUAUGAGAUUGUGAGGAGAUUGCAAGACAGAAAACACAUCUGUGGAAUGACUGGUGAUGGAGUGAAUGAUGCACCUGCCUUAAAGAAAGCUGACAUAGGAAUUGCGGUGGCAGAUUCCACAGAUGCUGCUCGCAGUGCUUCUGAUAUAGUUCUAACUGAGCCAGGAUUGAGUGUCAUCAUAAGUGCUGUCUUAACUAGCCGCGCAAUAUUCCAAAGAAUGAAAAACUACACGAUAUAUGCUGUGUCAAUCACAAUACGUAUUGUGCUAGGUUUUAUGUUGCUGACAGUCUUCUGGAGAUUCGACUUCCCUCCUUUCAUGGUUCUUGUCAUUGCCAUUCUUAAUGAUGGUACUAUAAUGACCAUAUCGAAAGACAGAGUAAAGCCAUCUCCAGUUCCUGACAGUUGGAAGCUCAGUGAAAUUUUUGCAACUGGGGUUGUCCUUGGUGCUUAUCUGGCUCUUAUGACUGUUAUAUUCUUCUUAAUAACCUAUGAAACUAAUUACUUUCCGAGACAUUUUAAUGUGGUUAGUAUGUAUAAAAACGACUUUGACAAAUCAGAUAAGCUACUUAACGAAAGACUAGCAUCUGCUGUAUAUCUUCAAGUCAGCACCAUUAGCCAGGCCUUGAUAUUUGUGACUCGCUCUAGGGGCUGGUCAUACUUUGAAAGACCUGGCCUCUUACUUGUUUCGGCCUUCAUCAUUGCUCAACUGGUUGCUACAGUAAUAUCUGCUACUGCAACUUGGAAAUUUGCUGGCAUCAGAAGUAUUGGUUGGGGAUGGACCCUUAUAAUUUGGCUGUACAAUAUUUUGACUUACUUGCUGCUUGAUCCACUCAAGUUUGGCGUUCGGUAUGCUCUCAGUGGCAGGGCUUGGAAUUUAGUGGUGGAACAAAGGACUGCAUUUACAAACAAGAAGGACUUUGGAAAGGAAGCUCGCGAAGCAGCAUGGGCGACUGAGCAGCGAACAUUGCACGGUCUCCAGAUCGGAGAGACAAAACCAAUUUCUGAGAGGGCCACCACUUUUAGAGACAUAAAUCUCAUGGCAGAAGAAGCUAGAAGGCGAGCAGAGAUUGCCAGAUUGCGGGAGAUUCACACUCUCAAAGGAAAAGUUGAAUCAUUUGCCAAGCUGAGGGGUCUAGAUAUCGAAGCCAUUAACCAGCACUAUACUCUUUAAAUAUUGAAAUUUUUCUUAAACAAUAUAUUUCAUGUUUGUUAAACUAAAACACAAUAUUUCAUGUUUGUGAUUCAACACCUUCAUUCGAUUGUAUUGCUACUGCCAUCUCUAUCAUAUCUAUUGUAUGUUAAUCUACACAA